AUGGCUCCUCAUUGGCUGCAGACUGUGAGAACCUCCAGCAAACCCAGGACUCACACAUUCAUAUGGAGAUUAGAGAGUAUAAAUAGAGGAGAGAGUGAGAGAGAGCUCAGAACAGCUCAGAUCUUCUCCUCACAGAGAGCUAACAGAAGAAACACAGCCAUGGCUCCUACAAUCACUGCAUCAAUCAUCAACUCCAACCACCUUCUUCCACUUACUAAUAAGAUGAGAAAGCCGUUAGUGGAGAAGAUGCGUAGAGAACGCAUCAACAGCAGCAUCGAGAAGCUCAAGUCUCUGCUGGGUGGAGAAUUCCUAAAGCAACAGCCCGAUUCCAGACAGGAGAAAGCCGACAUCCUGGAGAUGACAGUUUAUUUCCUGAGACAGCAGCAGCAGCAGUCACACAAGAAGUCCAGCUGCUCCACUGCAGCUGAUGAAGGCUACAGCAGGUGUGUGCAGGAGGCCAUCAACUUCCUGUCUCAGUGUCAAGUACACACUCAGUCCCAGAGAAGACUGCUGAGCCACUUCCUCACCAUGCAGCCUUCCAUGCAGAAGAGCAGAAAUGUUCCUCAGCUCAGCUCUCCAGCCUACAAGAUCAGCAGCAAAGAGGAGACUCCAGGCUGCAGUGGCCUCUGGAGACCCUGGUAGAGCCGCAUGGACACUUUACCAUUAGGAAACUAACUUACUAAUGCCACAUUGGCAUUAACUAUGUUUUCCUAAAUGUGUUAGAAUAUUUUUGUCCAAUUUUACAUGGACAGAAUAUGACAAGUUGCUUUCUUAUUGGAAAAGCGUGUGUAGAUUUUUCCAUUACUGUGCCAUACACUUACUAUGCAAGAAGAACUGCUGAAUCCUGCAAAUAUGGUUUAAACUUUGAAUGGAUAAAAAUACGUUUAUAAAAACUUUCUGCUUUUGCAGAACAUUAUGAAAUACUUUUAACAAAUGAAAGCUUCUUUUUCUCUAAUUUUAUUCCUUAUUGUGUAAGAAAAGUUUUGUCUGAAAUGGGACAUUAACAUAACAUUGAGCAAUGUAAUGAUGUUCUAUAACCUUAAUAUUUAAUGUCUGUGAUAUUCUCUGAUACAGUUUUUCAAACUCCUAUGGAGUGAAAUUUAGAUAAAACUUAUGUUUGACUUCUGUGUUGUUUAUACACUGGUGUAAAAAUUACUUUCUGAUUAUGCAGAAAAUGCAGUGUUGCUCGGAAUUGGAAAAUUGUGCCUUCUGUGAAGGUGAUCAAUGUGACAUUGUCAGGAUGCUGAAUUAACACUGCCAAAAAUGUCCUGAAAAUAAAUUCACAAUCAAUAUUGCAUUUACAA